UACAAAACUGUUUCACCUCCACAAGACUGAAGUUGUGUGUGUUGUAAAGUACAGUGGGAUUCCCCGUACACGUUCUAGCCGGAAAAUAUUGCCUACAAACAAAACGAAACAACAUAAUAAUAAAUAUAGACACAUUUACGGACAUGGCUUGUGAAGCUUCACAGGAUGAUCAGAUUGGAGAGGCACUCUUAAUAGGGGUAGUAAGACAGGAGGUGAUGAGUGUGACAACUGAAAGAAAUACAGCUCCACCACCUCUUCCUGAAACUAAGCCAAUAAGCAACAACCAGGACCAGAUGCUGGUUCAGCAGCUGGCGAACACCAUCAAAGUGAUUGGUGAUAAACUCGACCAGGAUCAAGCAUUUAAUGACAUGAUCGAUGGCUUGGUGAAGGUAGCUGAUAAAAGUAGUUUCUGGAAACUUGUGGAAAAGGUUUUCACAGAUGGCCAGAUCAACUGGGGCAGAAUUAUUGUGCUGUUUUAUUCAGUUGGAAAACUGUCAGCAAAGAUGGUCGUCGCUCGCCUACCCAGAAUUGUUUCAGAUAUUCUAUCAUUAAGUCUUGAUUACUUCAGGAGGAAUCUGUUGCAGUGGAUUCGCACAGUAGGAGGAUGGAUGCACAGUAUCCCUGCACUGGCCUGUUUCUCUGUUGACCAAUUUUCUGGUUCUUCACUGAGAAAAUAUUCUCCAUACAUUGGAGUUGUGUUUGCCUUCACCGGUGGACUGCUGCUGGGUGGUUUCAUCGUGUCGAGAUUUCAGAAAUCCUGAGAGAGAGAAAGAGAGGGAGAAUGGACAUGGCACACGAGUUGAUAAUAAACUUUCUUAAUGAUGAACAUUGGAGAAACCACAAAGGCAAUAAGAUUAUGGUGUGCAGCAUGAUUUUGUAAUUUGGCUUUUUUUAUUGUAAUAUGCUCCUAUUUUAUAUGUAUUUAUACUUUGUAUUUUGUGAGAAAAUAUAUUUAAUAUCAUAAACGAGUUAAAAGAUGUUUAUUCAUGAUCAAGACAGAUAGAAAAGAAUUGAGCCUAUAGGCUUGUCCAAAGUUUUAUAAAACCUGUUUUGUCUACUCGCUUGUUCAUGCAAUUAAUGUGCAAUGAAUGAGAUUAAAGUUUCCUUAAUUUCAGAAUUUUUGAAAACAUAAAUGCAAGUUAUAAGCAGUAAUCAUUUUUAUGAAUCGAUGAUUGUAGGCAAUAAAACGUAUGUGGUCCCAAACCACAAAAAAAUUGCCAAAAACAGCAAUAGCAAAAAAAUACAUCGCAUGGGUCAAAAUGAUAAAUUAUCUUUUAUGGCAAAAUUCAUAAGAAUAUUAAAGGUCUUGUUCCAUGAAUAUAGUUUGUAAAUAUCCUACAGCAUGUAUGAAAUGUUUUAAACUAGUAGUGUGCAUUGCUUAGCAAUUGAUUUAG